CCUCUGUUUGUCAUGUUUUUCUUUACCUCUUGCAGGAAAAGAACAUAGAGGAGCGCGAGGAGGUCUUGGGGGGCGCGAGGGCCCAGCACUCGCGGGGCGCGGCGCUUCCGGCCGGCGGCCCCCCGGCCCCGAGGUGUGCAAGGCCUACCCGGAGAGGCCGCCCUGCCUCCCGGAGGGCCCCGGAAAGCCGCGGGCGGCGCCAGCCGCGGAGCACGCCCCUCGCAGGAUAGAAGUCGGCGAGAGGUGCGUCGGCAACACGGUCGAGCCCUGCGCGUCAGAGGUGAGCACGGAGGCAGGCGAUGCCAGCAACUCGCCGAGGAUGGAGAGGAUUGGAUGCUCUCCGUCUUCUUCGGCAGUGGGGCCCAAGUGACGUGCCCAGGCGCGUGCGUCUGCCUCGGCUUCUGCGGGUUGGUGGGGCCGCUGCCGCGAGACGCACGC